UAGGAGCCUCAUUUAAACAAGAUACUUUGACACAAGUGACUGAUCGGCAUCUGGAGAGUUCCAAACAUUUUCUUUCUCAUAAUAACAAUAAUUUUCAUUUCUAAAGUAAUUCUAACAAAACUGUUUGUGUAAAGCCAGGGGCUUAAGAAGAGGGGAAAGAUUCUAACUUAGAGAGUAUGUUUUUCUCCUUUUCUGUAGGUGUGUGCGUGUGCAUGCAGCCUGUUUGGCCAUCUUUCUUUUGGCUCCAGAGCAACAGCAUGAUGCCUGCGUGUUUACUCCACAAACUUUCUGGGGGAAGGCCCUCGGCAAUUAUUAACUGGUUCUGAUCCGGACUAGGCUCUCAGCUCUACUUUGCCGUGGGAUGAUUUCAUUCCUGGCAAAAUGCGCAUCAGAUAUCUUGGAUUUGCUCUUCUGACUUGGUUUCCUGGAGUGCUUCAUGCACAAAGUGCAGCACAGCCCUGUAGUGCUCCCAGCCUGAGAGGUGGUUUCUUUGCCCCAAAGCAAGAGACUUAUUCUCCUGAAACCAAGCUCACCUAUACCUGCGAUAAUGGACGUAAACCUACAGUGAAGGGAUGGUGGGCAACAAGCACAUGUCAAAAUGGCAAAUGGUCUCAUGAACCACAGUGUAUAGACGAAGAAGCCUGUAUUCCGCCAGAGAUACCCAAUGCAAAAUACACAGAAAACCAAAAUGGUUGGUAUGAGAACGGACACACAAUUAGGAUAACAUGUGACCAAGGAUAUGAACCCAAAGACCGGGAUGUCACAGCCAGAUGUAUAACUGGAACAUGGUCCUCUGUGCCAGUCUGUGAGAGAAGUAUCCAGGCAUGUGGUGAGCCGCCUAAAAUCCCCCAUGCAGUCAUCAUUCAUCAGGAAUACCAGGAGGUGUUUGCUGUAGAUUCAGAAGUGCAGUAUGAAUGUGAAGAUGGAUAUACUGUAGAGGAAGCAGACGGCAACAAAUCCAUCUUUUGCAUAGCUGGAAGCUGGACCGAAGGCCCAACGUGCAGAACCGGACCAGGGACUGGACACAGUGGAUCCACAGUGGGAGGAACAGAUGGGACACAACCGGGUGGAGGAUCUUCCACCACCUCUGGCUUCAAUGACAGAGACAGUAGACCUCUACCCACAACAAUCGACCACUGUGGAGCACACCCAAACGUUCCAAACGGUAUUGUUGUGCAAGUGGAACGAAAGUUUUUGAAAUACCAAUGUAAUGCCUUUUACACACAAGUCGGUUCAGACACCGUGACGUGUUCCAGCAAUGGCAAAUGGUCACAGCUACCCAUCUGCAAAGAGGCAUUCUGUGUCCUGGAUCUUGCUGUGUAUAAAUCGAGUGGUUUUAAACUAUCUGGAGUUGAAUAUGUGAAGGAAGGAGAGACAAAGCAAUUGCAGUGUAUUUGGGUAGAUUGGUGGAGGAUUUUUCGGUGCACUAAUGGAAGAUUAACUUAUACCCAGUGUUGUCAUGCUAAUGACAUUUAUUAUGGACGAUGCCGGUAGAGCUGAGGGACAACUGCUGGACUGACAACAAAAGCCAAGUUGGAAACUUUUCAAAUACCUCCACCAGAAAACAACUACGCCCAAAAACAUGUUGUCGCAUUAGUAUUUGAUUUUUUUCACACCAGUUACUGUUUUUUUUUUCCACGUUGCUUGAAAUUACAUGCACACAAUAUUGCAGCUGACUUUCUGUUCUUUGACAGUCAGCUUGCAUCUUUAUGACUGGAACUCUCAAUGCACUAAUAACAUAAUCAAUACUUUGGAUGCAUAAAUAAAGUUUAUGUGGCCUACAGUAGUCUGAAUAAAAUGUUCACUCAGAAAUCUUAACAGAGAUCUUUGUAUUAGUUUGUCCACAAAUUGUUUAGAACAGUCCUUCCACUAAAUAUGGAUAUCUCAGUAAGCACUAGUUCUUGUUAUAUUGAUAUACUUUAGACAACACCACUGCAGACUACUGCAGACACACGGACAGACAGACUCACAAAGUCCAUUGUCUGUUUCAAUGCUUCAUGGUGGGGUCAUAACGAAAUACAUUUUCAAAACAGAAAACACAACUGUCCAAAAACUAUUUACAGCUCGUCUGGCAAAUUAGCACCUGAAGCCUGCAUUUAUGAAAUGCUACAUGUGGCUGCCUUACCAAGACGCGUCAUGGCCAUUUUAUUCAUUUAUUUACUUAUUUAGGAUCCCCAUGAGUUUUUGCCGCAGUAACAACUAUUCUUCCUGGGGUCCACACAAAAGACAAACAAGGCAAGACAUUCAAACAUCACAUUAUAGAUAGUCCACAAUAUCAUCAAAACAAAAUUAAAUAAAAGUGAGAGAGAAGAAUGGUUCUCUUACAAACAUAAUGUCACCUCAACAGUAAAUGUUUAAAACAAAUAAUAGAGUUAACAAGAUAGGUAUAUGUAGGAUAAAUAACUGCACAAUACUACUAGUGCACAGUGAAGCAUUGCCCAAGUUAGCACCACAAGUGUAAUCCAGCUUUGCAUACAGAAUCUCAUAUGUAGCCUAAACUGAUUUCUUUCUGAAUAAUUGCUGUUCUUAAUUUCUUUUUAAAACUCAUGUUACUGGUAAUCUGAGUGAAACCUGUGAUCAAAGACCAAGGUACGUUUGAACCGUGCGGCCAGAAACCAGAAAAUCGAUUUCUUGUUCCAUUCUUACUGACAAAACUAAUUUACCACUCAAUGUUUUGUUUUCAUUGGUGGGUGGGCCUUCAGUGCCCCCUUGCUUCUCAUUGGCUGACACAUUUAUGAUUGUGUGUAUCUUCAAGAAUAAAGGAAUCCCACAGGAGAAAGUA